CCGAGUCCCCAGCCCCAGCCCCAGCCGGGCGGCCGCGCCUCCUCCUCGCCGUCCCCCGCCCGGAGUCCGGCGCCACCGCGGCCCCGCCGUGACGCGGGCAUGAGACUGCCCCGAGGCCCCGCCGAGCAAGCAACCCCGGUCCGCACCGCGGCGCCCAGCGGGUGCCGGGCGCAGGGGCUGCUAGAGCAAUGCUGAGGCGGCCGGGGUGAGGCGCGGCCCCGCGGGCAGCCCCGACGGAGCGUCUCGCGCGGGUGAUCGGAGGAGCCGGAAGCCAGCACCCGGGCACCCCCUCCGCGCCUCCGCGGGGCCCGGCGCCCCAAGACGGCGGGGCACCAUGGCGACCAAUUUCAACGACAUCGUCAAGCAAGGCUACGUGAAGAUGAAGAGCAGAAAGCUGGGGAUCUACCGGCGAUGCUGGCUGGUGUUCCGGAAAUCCUCCAGCAAGGGGCCCCAGCGGCUGGAGAAGUAUCCAGAUGAGAAGUCAGUGUGCCUCCGAGGCUGCCCCAAGGUGACCGAGAUCAGCAACGUCAAGUGUGUCAUGAGGCUCCCUAAGGAGACCAAGCGGCAGGCAGUGGCCAUCAUACUCACGGACGACUCUGCCCGUACCUUCACCUGCGACUCAGAGCUGGAGGCGGAGGAGUGGUACAAGACACUGUCCAUGGAGUGUCUGGGGUCGCGGCUCAACGAUAUCAGUCUGGGGGAGCCGGACCUCCUGGCCCCAGGGGUGCAGUGUGAGCAGACAGACCGCUUCAAUGUCUUCCUGUUGCCCUGCCCCAACCUGGAUGUGUAUGGCGAGUGCAAGCUGCAGAUCACCCAUGAGAACAUCUACCUCUGGGACAUACACAAGCCCCGCGUGAAGCUCGUCUCGUGGCCCCUCUGCUCCUUGCGCCGCUAUGGCCGCGACGCCACACGCUUUACCUUCGAGGCUGGCCGGAUGUGCGACACUGGGGAAGGGCUCUACACCUUCCAGACGCAGGAAGGGGAGCAGAUUUACCAGCGGGUCCACAGUGCCACCCUGGCCAUCGCUGAGCAGCACAAGCGGGUCCUGCUGGAAAUGGAGAAGAAUGUGCGGCUGCUGAACAAGGGCACGGAGCAUUACUCGUACCCCUGCACACCCACCACCAUGCUACCCCGCAGCGCCUACUGGCACCACAUCACAGGUUCCCAGAACAUCGCUGAGGCCUCCAGCUAUGCCGGUGAGGGGUAUGGGGCGGCCCAGGCCAGCUCAGAAACGGACCUCCUCAAGAGAUUCAUCCUUCUAAAGCCAAAGCCCAGCCAAGGGGACAGCAAUGAGGCCAAGACCCCAUCGCAGUGACAGAGGGCUUGUGUGCACCGACUGCUAGGGGCUGCCAGUUGCAGGGCUGACUGCAGUGUACUGUGGGGCUGUUGGCCAAGAACCUGGAGAAAGGGAGCAAGCUGAUCCUUCCCUGCCCUCCAGGGUGAGACUGGACCAAGGCAAAGGUCUGGCCACACCACAUGAGCAUGUGUGAUGAGCCAGAGCUAUCAUGGGACUAUAUACUGUUAAUGAUUUUAAUAUAUAUGGCUUAUGACAUAUUCUAUAUUGAGAUUUCCCCUCUAUCCCUCCCCAUCACUACAUACACAUUUUUUAAUCCUAUGACCAGGCCACAGUCAAGGCUGUUUUUGAGUGAGGGCAGCCAUUUCCCUGCCAUCCUGCUUCCAGGACCUGCUCAAGUUAUCAGGGCCAGAGGGGACAAUCAGAACUGAAGGCUGGUGCUCUGGCCACUGGCUUCUGCCAAGAGCCCAGGGGCUGAGACAGCAGGUGGCUUCUCAGUUGCUCUAGGCCCAGAGUGCCAGAGGAAGGAUUCAAACUCCCACUGUGCCACUUAACAGCCUUGUGCUUCGAGUUUUAAGCAGAGGUGACAUCUGGUUGACAUCUCAGGUGAAAAUCUGACUUUAAAAUGUAAUUUCUACACAGGCUCCUUCUUGCCUGGUGGGCUGAGAAGAUGCCCUGGGGUGGGGUGCUGGUUACCUCAGCCAGGUAGAGAACGGAGCACGGCCAGUCUCAAGCUCUUUCCCUGCCCCGGGCCAGGCCAAGCAGGAAGGCCAUGGCACGUCUGCUGUAGGCAGCCCCCAUGCUGCCCCUCUCACUGGCCAGGGUGGGCAAUAUCCCAGCAGAGGGAGCCCCUCUGCCCCGUUUGGCCACCCUAUGGCCAGCAAGAAGCACUUAAGAAACCAAGGACCUUCCAUUUCCCCCUCCCCACAUGGUGCUGAGGCUCCCUGCUGAAAUGCAAUUAAAGCAAUUGAUUUUCUAGCUGGUAUUUAUUGACUACCGAGCAGAAGGGCUAUCUUUCUAGUCACAUCAAACCUUUGGUUGCGUGCUUUCUUUUUUUUUUUUUUUUAAAUACUUUAGGGUUUUGAUUUGUGGGAGUAGACUUUCUUGUAAAUAACCACUGUUUGAGUUGUGGCAGGAUGAUAAAGUAAGAGGCCCCCUCCCCACAGAGCCCUGGAGCCAGGUUGGUGGCCACAGCCAGCUCGGCUCUGAACCUGACCCAGAGAACGACCGCCCAGAGGAAUAAGCUGGCCUGAGGAGGGACACGAAUCGGCCCAAAGGCUGUGGGGAGGGAGGCAGAGCUGGCUGGCUCAGCUGGUGGCACGAUGACGCAUGAAGGAGAUUAUGUUGUGCUCUUUAUUGCCAAAAAUAAAAACUUUUAAAAAGACAA